AUGGGGCCUCCUGGCUCUUCAGGAAUGCCUGGAAUGCCCGGAAGAAUGGGACAAAAUGGUGGAUUUGGCCCACCAGGCCCUGCAGGGGAUCAAGGACCGGCUGGAGCUGCCGGUCAACCUGGUGAAGCUGGAGCGCCCGGAAAACCUGGAAUGCGCGGACAAGGAAAGCCUGGACAUAAAGGACCUGCUGGACCACCUGGCUCACCCGGUCAACUUGGAUCGCCUGGAGCAUCUCCUCCCGCUGGCACUCCUGGUCCAGCUGGUCAACCUGGCCGAGCAGGAGGACCUGGAGUUCCUGGCCCACCAGGACAGCCUGGUCGAGCAGGAGGGCAAGGAGUUCCUGGAUCUGAUGCCGAAUAUUGCCCAUGUCCUCCAAGAACAGGCGAGGUUUCACCAGGUGGAAGAGCUGGUGGGUCACACCAUGCAUUGACCGACUACGCACCAAUGGAACAAAUCUCUGUAAAUAUUUUUGUGAUAUCUUAA